UGACAGGCUGCGUCUCCAACCACCAGCGGACCUUUUUACGCACAGCGCGGUCCGUGUGCGCGCAGCUCUCUCUCUCUCUCUCUCUCUCUCUCUCUCUCUCUCUCACUUCCUCUCUGGAGGCUGAAGCCGCACUGACAGCUCCUCGCGCGCCUCGGCUCUCUCUCUCUCUCUGGACAGCACGCGCCACCAUGACGCGCUGAAGAUCUGGACUGUUUUCCUCAUCACGCAGACUCCGGAGUUAUUUCUGGCUUUAACACCGCGCUGUGUUUUGACUUGAAGAGCACUUUGGGUGAAACUUAACGAGGAAGACGUCUGAUGAAAAAUGCUGAUUUGUCGGGCGCCGUAGCAGCCUGGUCGCAGGCCGCCUGCAGGGGCGGACAUGGAGCGAGAGGGCUCGUUCAGGAGGCUUUCAAGGAGUCUCCACAGCAAGCUGAGGCUGGGCACCGGCUCGUCCUCCAGCCUGACCGACCUCUCGCAGGCUAAACAGGCGGCCGGCGGUGGCGAGAAGGGGGCGGCGGGGGCCGCCGGGCUGGUGGACGAGUGCAGCCGGGACAAGGGGACCCAGCAGAGGAGGGCGGGGGCCAACGCCACCUGGAACAGCAUCCACAACGCAGUGAUCUCCGUUUUCCAGAAGAAGGAUCUGGGAGAAAAUGAACUCUACACUCUGAACGAAGGUGUCAGGCAGCUGCUGAAGACGGAGCUGGGCUCGUUUUUCACGGAGUACCUUCAGAACCAGCUGCUGACUAAAGGCAUGGUCAUUCUCCGGGACAAGAUUCGCUACUAUGAAGGUCAGAAGCUGCUGGACUCUCUGGCAGACACCUGGGACUUCUUCUUCUGUGACGUCCUGUCGAUGCUGCAGGCCAUCUUCUACCCAGUGCAGGGGAAGGAGCCGUCUGUCCGUCAGCUGGCUCUCCUCCACUUCAGGAACAUCAUCACCCUCAACCUGAAGCUGGACGAGGCCCUGUCUCGCCCUCGAGCCAGAGUUCCUCCCUCCAUCAUCCAGAUGCUGCUCAUCCUACAGGGGGUCCACGAAUCCAAAGGUGUAACCGAUGAUUACCUCCGCCUGGAGUCCCUCAUCCAGAAGGUGGUCUCGCCCUACCUCGGGACUCACGGUUUAUACUCCAGAGACGGAUCCUCCAGUCUGCACUGUUCCUCCUGUCUGUUAGAGAAGCGUCUGCAGCACUCCUGGCCCUCCAAAUCCGGAAACUCUCCCGCCGCAAAGAAUCCGGUGGUCCGCUCGAAAAGCUACAACGUUCCCAUGCUGACCCCGGUGGUGGAGUACGACCAGGACUCCUCCACGGGAAGCAGCAUGAGCAUCCGGCGCCACUCCGUCUCGGAGAUCACGUCCUGCCUGGAGGAGAACGGCUCCGUGGCCAAGUCUGCCGUCGGCGGCGCCGGCGACUCCGGUCGCACCAGCUCGGCCAGCCUCGGCAGCCACUCCCAGAGCUCCGCCGCCUCGGCCGCACGCUCAGACAUGGCGUCCUCCGGCCUGAGCGCCCGUCCCCGGGCUGCGGACAGCCCCGCGGCCCCUCAGCAUCCCUCCCCCUGCCUCCUCCCCGAGCCGUCCCCGGGCGACGACACGCACUGCAGCGGCUCGCUGGUGUCCGACUCCCCCUCGUCCUCCAAAGCGCUGGCACAGGACACGAGCUCGGGCCCCAGCCCGGCCUCCAGCCCGGAGGUCAUGGCCGACCACGGCGCGGGCUCGCUGGACUCGGAGCUGGAGCACGACGGCAUCUUCCUGGACUUCUCCCGCCGCUGCUCCGGGGGGUCGACGCACAGCAGGGACAGCAGCAGGCAGAGCGUGGCCUGACGCAUUCCUCCUGCUGCUUUCCAACACUCUCAGUCAUCAGGGAAUCCUUCAAACUCAACUAUUUUUAUAUACAAUGUUGCUCUUUAACACAUAAAAAUGGCAUUUUUAUGUAAAUCUGCCACUUUUGCCGUUGUGGGCAUCACAGUCCUGUGGUGCGGAUCAGUCCAUUCCAAUAAAUUCACAUUAAUCACUAAUUUUAUUAGUGGAAAGUCUAUAAAAAUGCUUAUGCUGUUGCCUUUUCUUUCUCAAAGGCGAAGGCUUCAAGUAAUUUUAUAUGUACAAUAAAGUAUACAGUUUUAACUUAAUAUGUUCUUGAAAUCCAUUUAAAUUUUGAAAUUAAAGUAAAGUUGAAAUGU